AUCUUCUAAAUGCAAAACACUCUCGCAGCUUUGAGGAUCCAAGACUGAAUUUCUUGGUUGUACUAGCCUGAUAUUGCAUUUCACGGCUCCGCAAAAGCAAAAUUAUCAGCCUAUGUUACAAAAUGACACCGUUUAAAAAUCCUACCAAAUAACCGUGAGAAGAGAUUGACAAAAAGUGGGUUGAAACAGACUAUAAGGAACACUGUUACAAGUGAUUAUUAUUGAGUUGUUAAACCACAAUGGAACAUAAGGGGACAGUGGACCUGGAAGAUGAUUUGGCAUUAUUACCACGCCUUGCACCUAGUCCUCACAGUGAAGCAGUGGCCCAUGAAUUUCAAGAACUCUCUUUGCAACCAAACCAAUAUUUACCUCCUCUCAAUGAAAGGAAGAAUGUUCUUCAGCUGAAGCUGCAGCAAAGGCGAACAAGAGAACAGCUGGUGGACCAGGGAAUCAUGCCACCUUUGAAGAGCCCAGCUGCAUUUCACGAGCAAAUAAAGAGUUUGGAAAGAGCCAGGACUGAAAACUUUCUGAAGCAUAAAAUACGCAGUAGGCCUGAUCGAUCAGAAUUAGUCAGGAUGCAUAUUCUUGAAGAAACAUUUGCAGAACCCUCUCUCCAAGCGACUCAGAUGAAGUUAAAGAGGGCGCGACUGGCAGAUGACCUGAACGAGAAGAUCGCUCAGAGGCCGGGCCCUAUGGAACUGGUGGAGAAGAAUAUUCUCCCUGUAGACUCCAGCGUCAAAGAAGCAAUUAUAGCAGUUGGUCAGGAGAACUAUCCUCAGACACUGGAUGAAUUCUCAUUUGAUGAAGACAGCAGUGAUGCUUUAUCUCCAGACCAGCCUGGUAGUCAGGAGUCCCAAGGGUCAACCGCUUCUCCCGGAGAACCCAAAACAAAAGAAAUACCCUCGCCUGUUACUCCAGCCUCCUCAGCCACCCAGUAUCCCCCCUUAGCAAUACCAGGAACUGACUUUCUGAAGCCACCUGUCACAGAUCAGCAUGUCACACGCACAACAACUGCUGCUCCUCUUACCACAAAUUCUGUGACUGCCACAAAACACUGCAGUGGGCCAACACUAAUAAAGCAACCUCACCCCAAGAACCCGAAUGAGAGACCUCGGAGCAAGAAAUCCAAAGAACCGAAGCCCAGAGUAAAGAAACUGAAGUACCACCAGUAUAUCCCCCCUGAUCAGAAAUUGGAGAAAAACGAGCCCCUGAUGGACUCUAACUACGCUCGUUUGCUGCAGCAACAACAACUAUUUUUGCAACUGCAAAUCCUGAGCCAACAACAACAACAUUACAAUUACCAGACAAUUCUUCCUGCACCACUCAAGCAAAUAAAUGACAAACAGGGUCACACUGGGAACGUACCACUCAACGCUUUGAACAACAGCAUCUCUUCCGUAGCUGUCAGCACACCCAGACUGAACGCUAAUAUUUCAACUAGAAAGCCGGGGCCUCUUCCUCCUAGCUUGGAUGAUUUGAAGGUAGCUGAACUGAAAAUGGAAUUAAAGCUAAGAGGGUUGCCUGUGUCUGGAACUAAGAUGGAUCUCAUUGAGCGUCUGAAACCCUAUCAGGAUCUGAACAAUAAUUCUGUUGGCACAAGUAACACAGGGACAGGAACUGCUUCCAGUAAUGGAACCAGUAAACCUGGAGAAGUCACUACACCGUUCCUUGCUGCGCCAUUAAAUAAGCCGGCAGUGAAUUCUGCUCCCAGUACCUCUUCGGAAACAGCAUCUGUUGGAACCGGCAGCAAAACGGGCCCCCUGGAACACGUGGGGUCCCCUUUGCCCAUUUCCCCUUCUCCUUCGGAACAGUCCAGUCUCCGAACGGACGAUGCCAACAUGGCCGACACUUUGACGGAAAUCAUGACCCUGAUUUCUCCGUCGCAGUUCCCGAGCGCUUCCCCUCUCCGAGCAGCCGCAAACGAAGACGGCGGAAUCGCCUCCGGCAUGGACCUGGAUGCCACGGAGAAGGACCGCAAGCUUCAAGAGAAAGAGAAGCAGAUUGAGGAGCUCAAAAGAAAACUGGAACAAGAACAGAAGUUGGUGGAAGUGCUGAAGAUGCAACUGGAGGUCGAGAAGAGGAGCCAUCAGCAGCAGCAGCAGCAGCAGCAGGCCCAAGCUUCGGCUAACACGCCAACGACUUUGAAUCCUCAGCAUAGCAGCUCCUCGGUGAAAGAAGAAGGCACUGGGGCAGACAGCUCUGAGGCAAGGCAGUUGGUCUCUGAUGCCAGCCAUGCUUUAGGGCAGCCCAGGUCAGCAGAGAUCCAAAAUCUAGUUGCCAAAAAGGCCGUGGUUAUCAAGCAAGAGAUACCUUUGGCCCAAGCGGAGCCACAGAACGUCAUAUCUCAAUUCUAUGUGAGUUCACAGAGACAGCCCCAAACGGCGGUCGUUGCCCAUCCUCAAGCUCUGCUGGCUGCCUCAGGGACCGCCCAGCUGCUCCUGCCGCUCUCUCUGCAGGGCCCAAAUUCAGCCACUUCGGUGCAACUGCCUGUGAGCAACAUCCAGGUUCAAACACAAGCUGGUAUUCCAGCCAUCGCACAAGUAUCUACUUCUGGUUUGGUCCCCAAAGUACCACAGAUGCACAUGUCAUCCCCCAAACAAAAUGCUUCCCCGCAGCAUGGAGCUGGCCAAAGCUCAGAAAACAGAAAGGUAUUUCCUCCUACCUCACCUAACACAGUAUUUUCCUAUCAGAAUCCGUCUGCUACAAACCUUCAGCAACCUUUGUUUAAGCCAGCAUCAAAUACGACGCCUCACUCAGGGAACCAAGCACCCUUAGUGCAAAAUGGACCGAAUCCUCUCCAGAAGCCACCUUCCCCAGCUCAGUCCCAGCAAUACCUUUUGCAACAGUCCUUGUUCAACAGUUCAGGAACCAAAACAAAAGACCCUCCACGCUACGAAGAAGCCAUCAAACAGACGCGCAGCCUGCAUUCUUCUCAAGAAAUUUCCAGUGCCCACAGCCAGCAGAUGGACGAUCUUUUUGAUAUCCUCAUUAAGAGCGGAGAGAUCUCUAUGCCUAUGAAGGAAGAACCUUCUCUGAUUUCCAAAAUGAGGCCAGUUACCGCCAACAUCACCACAAUGCCAGUCAACACUGUGGUAUCCCGUCCUCCCCCACAAGUCCAAAUGGCCCCUCCUCUCUCCUUAGAACCAACGAGCAAUUUCUCUUUAUCUCUGGAGAACCAGUUGGAAGCUCUUUUGGAAGGCACUCUGCCCUCAGGAAAUGGGAUUGCUCACCUGACAAGCAGUAACGAGGAAAAGGAACCCUUCUCGGUCAUUGAGGAUCUACAGAAUGACCUCCUUCAUCAUUCUGGGAUCCUAGAUCCCUCUCACUCCCCAAUGGAGACCUCUGACUCACAGUUCACCCCCAGUUCCUGUUUGUCUCUUGACCUCCCAGACCCAAAUUUAGACAAUAUGGAGUGGUUAGACCUCACCAUGCCAAAUGCUUCGUCGGGAUUGACGCCGCUCAGCUCGACGGCUCCCAGCAUGUUUUCCACAGAUUUCCUUGAUCCGCAAGAUCUGCAGUUGCAGUGGGAUUAAACCGCAAAAGGCAGAACCGACUUGACCACGUUUUUAAAAGCUCCACUUUUAACAAAAAGGUCCAUUGUUUCAACUCUCCUUUGUUUUCAAGCUCAUCUCUAUAAUUAUCUUAGGGAUUUUUUAAAAAAAUAAAUCACAGAGUACAAGGUUUUUUUUAAAAAAAAAAAAGAUUAGGAAUGCUCCAACGAGAAAGGAUUGUGAUUACUGUAAGCUUAGGAGAAUGUGUCACGAUGCAGCGAUUCAGGUGAGUGGGCCCGUUGAAAGCAAACUAUUUGGCUUAAGAACAAUGCUGUAGCACCUUUCUGUCUCUACGGACACCCUCAACAAAGCUUUCAGUUACAUGAUGACAAAGCUUCUGACUGAGCUAAAACCCAAUGGGAUUUUAUAAAAGGAUGAAACUAGACGCUGUUUGGAUUUCUUCAUGAAUUAAAAAGCUCCUUUCUCCCACUAGUCAAUUCUUCUAAAAGACGAGCAGAUGUUUCGUUUUUUGACUUGCCACGUUUAUUUGUGGAGCCUGCUAAAAUCCUAUGCAUCUUUAUUCAGAAAUAACCGCCAUUCUAUCCAGAGCAGCUCUUUCUCCUAUAAGGAUGCAUAGAAUUUCAGCUUUAAAUUGACCAUAUUACUUGAAAAAAAAAAGUCUUUGAUACAUUAAAAAGGUGCUUUUGGUUAGUUUUGACAUUUGUGUGUCUGUGUGUGUGUGUGAUACAACUAAUCGUAUAACCUGUAGACAGAAAGUGUGCCAUUAGGGAAAUGUUAUCUUCUUUCAUGUAUGAAAAGGAGAUUGUCUGUGUGCAGCAUCUGAAAGAAAAAAUAAAGGAAGUUUCCCUCCCCCCCCCAUGACAAUUAUUGGCAAUGGCAAACCUCUGAAAUGGGAAUUGUUAUCGUGUGUAAUAAUGAAUUAAAUUCAGGGUAAAACUUUGAUUUAAUUUGUGCAGAGGAUACGCAGGAACUGGUGCACAUUGGGAAAAAUAUUUCACAAACUUGCCCCACUCCAAACAUCAGUUGUCAUGUUACCAUAUUUAAAGUACUUAAAAUCAAAAAAUUUUUAAAUCUGGUGUUCCCAUUAAUUUGGUUUAGAAGAUAAUCUACGGCAUUAGAAAUAAUAAAGGUAUAUCUAUUAUAGGAGAACUGCUUUCUUUUAAAAUUUAUUAAGCCCUUUUGAAAAAAGAAACAUAAACCGAGAAAAUUUAAGGGACAUAUCAAAAGAAUAUAGGAGUAAAAACCAAAUAAGAAAAUAUAAACAAGAAAAAAUGGGAUCUAAAAUGUUAGGGAGAUUAUUUUUUUUAGUAUGUCAUUAUUUAGAAAAUAAUUAAAAUACCAUUUUUAAAGAAAAAAAUUAAAAUCACCAUUAAACUUUAAAUUGAAGAUGACUGGUUAAUACAGUAAAAAUUGCUAACUGAAUUAUUAAAUGAUGUGGGCUAUUUAAAUGUUAUAAUACUCCUUAUCCAAAAUUAAAGUCCUGGGAAUGUUAUUCUUCAUUUUAGAAUUUAGUAUUGUGCUCAUGGAGCACUGCCCCUGAUUAGGGUUUUUUCCCCCCCAGUUCAUCCACCCUAUGGAUUAUGAAUUAAGUUUCACCGUUUAAAAAUGGAAAUACACACACAGAGCUUUUUUUGAAACCAGCAUCAUCUUUUAAAUGAAGCCUGGGAUUUAAUACUGCUGUGAAAAAGAAACAUAAAGGACAAAAAUUCUGUCUGACAAAAGCAAUGCCAUGCCAUCCCAAUGCAAGCCCCCUCCCUUUUGUGCGUAAGUUGUGACGUUGCACACUUGUCCCCAAGUCUCUGGCAAUGCUCCUUUUCCGAGAUUUGACAAAAGCAAGCAGAGUUGUGGACUUGUAGUCAUUCUACCUCCGUAGUCAGGACGUUCUAAAACUUUUCAGAAUUUCCCACUUUUUAUUUAAAUAGCAUAUGCAUUAAUGAGUGCCAUCACCCAUGUAACAACUUGAAUUGGUUCUAUCCAAAAUGAACACAGGAAAGGGAGCAUCUGUUUCCCUGCAGAACUCCAGAAUUUCACAUGCACCUUUGGGUAUCCUUUGGAUAUGCCAGGAAUUUCUGCAUGCAAAGCAUCUAGAGCUGGAUUGAAAAAUUGACAAAAUCCCUUCAACAUCCAAUACUUUUGAACACCAUCAGAGCUAUUCAGCCUUUCCCAAUGUUGCACCAUAGCCUAUAAUAUAUAUAUAUAUAUAUAUUCUCGAAGGUGGAGAUUUAAAAAAUAAACUGUAAACGGCAGGUCUCAACUCCUGUUUGUAAAGCUCAGCUAGCUGUCUUUUUAAUCAUGAAGAAAUUUAAAGGAAAAAAAAAAAACCCCAACCAACCUUCUGCAGUAGUGUUUCCCAACCGUGGCAAUUUCCAGGUAUGUAGACUCCCAAUCAGUCCCAGAAUUCUGCAUUGAGCAUCACCCUUGACAGAAUUCUGGGGGGGGUGGGGGUGGGGUGAAAGUCCAUGCACAAACGAAGCUGCCAAGGGGGAAGCACUGUUCUGCGAGAUUGCUCAAUUGGGUUUUUCAAGCCAAAGUUGUCUUUUCAUUCCACAGAACCAGAUGAAUUCGAUUUUUUUUUUUUGAAAAGCAGAACCUGGUCAGAAUUUGGAUUGUUUCUCGUUAGAACAAUGCUUGGGGACCUUUUUUACUUGUCCUCUUACGAACCCCAUAGAAUUGUCAUUGAUUCAAUGGAGAACUAAUCCGGUCCCGCCAAGCUGUGUUUUGUUUAGUGUUUAUUAUCCAAUACACAAUAUUUUGAGCCGGUUGUGUAUUUGCCGUGCAUAUUUGCCGGUUUGUUUUCUCCUGAAAGCCAUAACUGUGAAGAUGCCAAUUCAGGUUGGCUUAAUUGUCGAGACAAGCUUUGAUGUUUUAGGAACUAUUUCUGGUGUCAAGGUAGCUCAAGGCCCAAACCAAAAAUACUGACAACUUCCCCCUAAACAUCAGUUUGGGAUCCUUGUUUGGAACAAUAUUCUUACGCCAUUUUGCAUUCUUAUUUUAGAGCUGCUGCAUGCUCUUACUCAAACAAUACACUAAACUUUCUUUGUGAUUUAGUCUAGAGCUUAGGAGUGUUUUCAGCCAGACAGUAUGCAAUGACUUUGAGAGAAAGUAUUUUCAAUUUUACCAUUCCAUUUCCCCAUCCUUUGAGGGAGGAUAAUCUUCCGCUAAAUAUCUUUUCCUCCCACAUAUAUCAGUUUGAAAUAAUAUAUUCAAUACUCUAUCCUGGGUUCAGUAGGGACAACUAUGAGAUAUGAGCUCUAUAUUGCUGUUAAGUUAGAAUAGUUUCCUUAGAUGCAUCAUAUAUGAUGUUUUAAUCCAAAGAAGAGCAGAUCUCUUGACUUUAUCUUUAAUAUGGAUGAUUAGCAAAUCUGACUUCCCAUCCCCAACCACCUUUGAAUUUAAGGGACAGUUUGCCUUUUCAGCAAGAUGUGCUUAUCUAUAUAUACCUCUCUUUUUUGACUUCUACCCCAGAGCAAAUAGAGAACAAGGAGAAGGGCCCUGGAGAAACCAGGGGAGGCUGUUCCAUUAGCUUCCCCUGGUUUGGUACCUGUCAAAGGUAUCAGACUUCUAGUUUCUUAAUCUCCUUGCCCCCAUAGCAGUUACAGAAACGUGCUGGGCUGGGAGCUGACUUAUACCGUUAGAUAUAUUUCUGUUAUACAUGGUGCAUCUCAGUAGUUUCAAAAUUGGUUCUACCUGAACCCCCCGGUAAAUGGUAAAAGAACCCUCUUUUCCGAGCAGCUCCCUCCCAGCCUCCCUGAUUGUCAGUCCAGUUAUUGACACUGAACAAACUUCUUUCUCUUUUGUCAUGUUAAAAUGUCAAUACUGUAUAGGCAGCGUGUAGUGGAGUAGAACGCAAGAUGUGGGAUCCACGGAGCUUCUAAAAACGUGCCAGCAGUCUGGUUUUAAAAAAACCUCUCCUGGGAAUGCGGGUGUGCGUCUCUCACUGUGUGCUGGAACCUGCCAGGAUCUGUCUACGGAGCCUGAUCCACACAGUUUGAGAAGUACUUUCUUAUAGCUUGUAAGCAAUAGUUUGUACUUUCCGGCUCGCCAUCUGCUAUCUCUCUUGGCUUAGAAGGUGCCACAAUCGUCUGUUAGUUUGUAGGAAGCUUUUUGGUCCUCUUACUGACUGGGCUGCCAUUGCAGAGAGCAUGUACAUAGAGCUUU